AUGACUACCACCGAGAACAUCAGCGAGGUCGUGAAGACGUUUCCGGUCGGGAAACAGAGUGAGCCUGCGGGUCAAAAACCCAGUUGGCUGGAACGCACUCUGAAGCCCAAGACUUACAACCCGCGCUAUCCGUUUGUUGGGAAGCCUCUGUUAUGGAUGACAUGCGCUUUCGGUAGCUUGGGAGACGCGCUGUUUGACUACGAUCAAGGUAUCAUGGCCGGCCUCCUGGUGAACCCGGUAUUGGUCAAACUCUUCUUCUCCGAACACGGCGGCAUGGACGGGAUCUACGGCAACGUCGACCCAUCCGUCACCGGCAUCACAGUGGCCUGCCUCCAAGCCUCGGCAGCGGUAGGCUCCCUGAACUCAGGGCGGCUGGGCCACAUCAUCGGGCGUAAGAAAUGCGUGCGCAUAGGGGCCUUCAUAUACUUUGAGUGCGCCUUCAUCCAAGGCUUCGCACCGAACCUCGCUUGCUUCAUCGCCGGCCACACGAUCCAAGGCCUCGCCGUCGGCUUCCUCUCCUUGACCGUCCCCGUCAUCCAGACCGGAAUCGCGGCGCCGCACCGGCGCCGCAUCAUGGUGGGAAUCGAAUACUCGUUCUUGAUCGGCGGCUACGCGCUGUCCUGUUGGGUCGACUAUGGCUUCUACUUCGCGCUGCCCAGUAACGUCUCCUGGCAGGGUCCGGGUUUCGUGCAGAUGGCCAUCGCCUUCGUGCUGUUCUCCAUGUCUCUCCUCCUGCCCGAGACGCCCCGCCGGCUCGACCGCAACGGCUUCGCCGAGGAGGCACUGCAGACGCUGGCGGACCUGCACGCCGACGGCAACAUCAACGACCACGACGUCCAGCACGUCUUCCGCGAAGUCCAGGACGCCGUGCGCUACGAAGCAUCGCUCGGUCAGUGCAGCUGGCUCGAAAUGUUCACCCGCUACAAAAAGCGCAUCUUCGCGGGAAUCAGCGUCGUCUCCUUCUACCUCCCCUCCGUCCUCGCCCGCGCCGGCUGCCCGGACGAGAACUCCUCACCGACCGCUGGGGCCGGCGGUCCCCUCCUCGUUGCUGGGCGGCUGCCCGCCGAAAUCUUCCCGCUGGGGAGUCGGCCCAAGGGCGUGGCGCUGGCGACGUGCUCGAAUUCGGCGUUCGACUUCAUCAUCGGCGUGUCGAGCCCCGAUGCUUUCGCUGGGAUCGACGGGUACUACUACUAUGUUGUUAUCUCCGGUUUUUGUCUCUUCUCGGCGGCUUUGGCUCGGUGGACGUAUGUCGAGACGGCGGGCUGUACGCUCGAGGAGAUUGCGAGGGCGUUUGGGGACCGCACGUUUGCGUUGGAUGAUCAGGAGGCGGUUAUGAGGGGGGAUGUGCUGGUGGGGGAUGAGAAGGCUUGA